AUGAAUAGACGUUUUUUUUCAUUGAUUGAACAAAGAGUUCCCGCAAAAUAUAUAUCAUUCACUGUUGAUGAUUUGAAAUAUGACUCACAACUAGAGUUUGUUAACCGUAUCCAGACAGUGUUGCCGUUAAACCCUUAUUAUGUCAAAACAGUAUUGAAAGAGUAUAUCAAACACAUUGAAUCUUCAAAUGAAGACACUUCAGACGAACUAUACGAACUAUAUUGUGAUCCUGACGUUUUGAACUCAAAGGAGCUAAACCCAGAACAAACAGAUGUUAUCAAGUAUUUCAUAUCUGGGUUUAAUCAACAAUAUAGUGGUGAUGGCAAGGAUACGAUAACAAUAAAAGAAACACCUAAACUAAUCUCAGGAAGUAAUACAACAGGGUUAAGAACGUGGGAAGCAGCACUUUAUUUAUCUAAUUUUUUGAAUGGCAAAGAUAGCCCGCCAUACAAUCUCAAAAACAAAACUGUUAUGGAAAUUGGAUGCGGUACAGGCUUGGUGAGUUUGGCUCUUGCCAAAAAUUAUCACCGCAAAAUUGACAACAUCAAAAGAUUGAUCAUGACUGACGGAUCUAGUAAUGUGUUUGACAAUCUACAAGAAACAUUGAGGUUAAAUGAGUUAAACGAUUCCAGUAUUAUACAAUGUCAACAAUUGAUCUGGGGUGAAAAUACAACAAUUGAGGAUGAUGUGGAUUUCCUCGUGGCGGCAGAUAUUACUUACGAUACAAGAAUCUUGGACCCACUAUGUCAAACCAUUCAAGACUUGUUUGCUAACAACAAUUUACAAUUUGCAGUAAUUGCGGCAACAGUACGAAACAUGGACACUAUAAAAGAAUGGGAGCUGAAGCUAGAUGUAUGGUUUGCCGGCAAAUGGUUAGUUAGAGCCACCGAGUCAGACCCACAUUCUAUUCAAUCCAACUGCUGGUUUAAUGUUAAUACUCCUCAAAUACGUAUUUAUGAAAUACAUGUGUAG